AUGGCGUCUACGACUCUGGCCGAGAACGAAUUCACCCACAGCGGUGACAAGAAGACCUUCUACUGGUCGGCCGGCCCUGCCGACGGGCCGCUUGUCAUCCUCGUCCACGGCUGGCCCGCGAACGGCGAGACAUGGAAGCCUCAGCUUACAGCUCUCGCGGCUCUGGGCUUCCGGGCCAUCGCCCCCGAUGCUCGCGGCUACGGACGCUCCAGCGUUCCCAAGGAGAGAACCGACUACGCUAUGGAGCACCACGUCUCGGACUUGCUCGCAUUGCUUCAACACCUCGGCCGCCGCAAGGCCGUCUGGAUCGGCCACGACUGGGGCGCCGGUCUCGUCUGGGGCUUCGCCGCGCAGCACCCGGACAAGUGCGUCGGUGUAUGCUGCAUGACCGUUCCCUACGGAACUCUCGAGCACGGCCUGGCAGGCCUCGUCGCCCUCUCCAACCGCGAGCUGUAUCCCGAGGAUCAAUUCCCUCUCGCCCAGUGGGACUACCAGGCCUUCCACACCGAGCAGCCCGAAGCCAGUGCUAAGCAGCUGGAGGCCAACGUACCCAACACCGUCAAGCUUCUGUACCGCGGCGCCACCGCCGAGAAGUACGGCAAGCCCACUUUCCUCGCGUCGCUGCGCAAGCUGGGCGGAUGGUGGGGCGGUCUCCCCGAGGCGCCGGACACGCCUUUCGAGGGUACGCUGUUCAAGAAUGACAAGCCUGCGUACGACCGCAUGGUGGCCGAGUUUGAGAAGAACGGCUUCGAGGGCCCAAACGACUACUACCGCAACCACGAGGAAAACUCGAAGUUCGCCCUGAAGGCCCCCAACGGCGGUCGCCUGUCGUACCCUGUUCUGUUCAUCGGAGCGCAGUGGGAUAGUGUCUGUGACACGUCGAUCUCAAGGCUGGCUGAGCCUAUGCGGGAGUUGUGCGAUGAUCUCACCGAGGUGACCAUUGAGGCUGGACAUUGGGUCGCGAUGGAAAGGCCCCAAGAGACGAACGCUGCGAUUGUGAGGUGGCUCGCUACGAAGUUGCCGACGUACUUCCCUGGAUACUGGAAGACUCCCUUUGUCUCGCGGAAGUGA